AUGCCGCGAAGUCGUAUGGAGAAUAAAUUCGCAUUCUAUUCAGCGAGCAUCGAAGGAUCUAACCUUUCGGCUUUCCGACAGAUACUUGCAGCCCUCCUGGCUGCCCUGCAACUUUCUGUACUGGAGGCGGCCGCGGUACAACGUCAACCACCAAACAUCGUCUUCAUUCUCGCCGAUGACUUGGGCUGGGCCGACGUGAGCUUCCAUGGCUCCAGCCAGAUCCCGACUCCCAACAUGGACGCCCUGGCUGCCGACGGCGUGGUGCUUAACAACUACUACGUCCAGCCCAUGUGCACUCCGUCGCGGGCGGCACUGAUGACGGGACUCUAUCCCAUUCACACCGGGAUGCAGAGUAUGGUUAUACAAGUGGCCGAAGCCUGGGGGCUACCGCUUCAAUUCAAGCUGAUGCCGCAGUACUUCAAAGACCUCGGCUACGCCACUCACAUGGUCGGCAAGUGGCACUUGGGUUACUUACAAGACGAGUACACUCCGACGUACCGAGGCUUCGACAGCUUCUACGGCUACUACAACGGCGAAGAGGACUACUACAAUCACACCAUCAGAGAGGGUGAGCACUUUGGUUUGGACUUCUGGGAAGGUGUCGGCAGUUCAACCAACGACAGCGGCCGCUAUUCCACCACGCUGUUCACGGACAAGGCGGUGAAUCUGAUCAAGGCGCACAACGCAUCCGAGCCUUUCUUUAUGUACCUGAGCCACCAGGCGCCACACGGAGGUGUCGAAGUUCCGCUGGCGGCGCCCAAGGAGAACAUCGACAAGUUCUCGUACAUCGGAGAGGAGAACCGCACCGUUUACGCCGCCAUGGUGGACGUGCUGGACGAGUCGGUGGGCGCGGUGGUCGAGGCCCUCCAGGAGGCGGGUAUGCUGGAAAACACGGUGCUCGUGUUCAGCAGCGACAACGGCGGCGCUCCGCUGGGAAUCCACGCCAGCCGCGGCUGCAACUGGCCCCUGCGCGGCUCCAAGGGCACCCUGUGGGAGGGCGCCUCCAGGGCAGCCGCCUUCCUCUGGUCGCUCCUGCUCGCCUCCCGGGGCAGGGUGUCCCAGCAGCUCAUGCACGUCACCGACUGGCUGCCCACGCUCUACACAGCUGCUGGCGGUGAUGCAGUCAGUCUGGAGCACCUGGACGGCAUCGACAUGUGGCGGCACCUGUCGGAGGAUCUUCCGUCUCCGCGCACCGAUAUCCUGUACAACAUCGACCCUGUGAGCAACACGGCAGCGCUGCGACACGGUGACCACAAGAUUGUGCUGGGAGCGUCUUCCGCGGGCAGAUCGGACGAACGCACUCCGAUUCCCGGUAGUCCAAGGUCCGACGAAGACCUAGACGAACUGACGUCACGCUCCAAGGCAGCCAAUGUACUGCGACUUCUCUACAACAACGACAGCCGCAUCGUGGCGUCUGCCCAGUGGCGUCAGCAGGCUUCACUGCAGUGCGAUGAAUCAAGCGAACCUUCCAACUUCGAGGACAGCACACCGCCCUACCUAUUCGACGUGGCCAAAGACCCUUGCGAACUGCACAACCUUGCGGACACCGAGACAGAGCUGCUGGCAUCGUUGAAGCGAAAGCUGGAAGAGUACGAAGCAACGUCUAUGUCACCGAGGCUGAGACCGGUCGACCCGAAAGCCUUUCCCGAACUGCACGGUGGCCUGUGGGCUCCCUGGGAGUAA